UUAAGAAGACUCACUUCCACAGAGAUACAAGAAAUGGCAUCUUUCAACAAAUUAAAAUAUGUGCUAAUGCUGGUAUUUGACUGGAUCCUGUAUGGUGCUGGUGUUGCAGGUCACUGCCGAGUCACUGUAACACAGCCCAGGUUUCAGCAAGCUGACUCCUCCAUGAACAAUGUGUCCCUAACAUGCACUUUCUCUGCUUCUGGGUGUCCCUCGUCUCCACCUGAAGUUCUGUGGUUUCGCUUCUUAACUAAUUCACAUCAAGAUUUGUGUACUCCUGGAUGCACAGAUCAUCAGAAGUAUAAAGUACAUUCAUCAGCAAAUAACAUCUUACUUGAGAUAAAAGAUCUGACUGUAGAUGACAGCGCUGUUUAUAUCUGUGGAAUAGCAUUCUCAGACUCAGAUUCAUCCCUUUCUAAACAAGCAGGAGAUGGAACAGUACUAACAGUAACAGGAUCAGGGAAGCAGCAGAGCAAUGGAAAACUCAUCUCCAUGAUCAUCAUCUCGUCCUUACUGUUCCUGUACAGCUCUGCUGUGCUCACUUCCUUUGCGGUCUACAAGUUAAAGCCAAAGUUGCUAAAGAAAAGUGGGAAAGACCAAACAACAGAGAACUCUAAAAUAAGUAGCAGCCGAAAAGUUUUCCAAGCAAUUGCUCAAGAACUUCAAAAGCAGAGAUAUGCUCAACACUACCAACAGCCUGAUGAUUUGGAAGAUGACACUGUUUACCAAAACAGAUGAGCAUGUGCAGCACUUCAGAUUUGUUCAACAGUUCUCCUGUAAGCAAAGGAGCAGGUGAGGAAGUUAAGCUUCUUCAGACUUCCUUUGCUUCAAAGAGAGAGGAGACAGCCUUGCAGGGCAGUGUUCUUUGGGAGUAUUUUCCAAACAGAUCACCAGAACCAGGUGCAUUGUAACUUACAUCUGUGUUACAUAUUCCAUUUCCAAGAACUCUGGGAAAAGACUUUAUCUUUGUAAGAUAACUGCUGAUGCUUCAUAAAAGUUUCCUUUUUUAGUUUAGAUUUAAUUCUGUCUUCUUUUUUCUCUUUACAUAAACUUUUAUGUAUUCCUUUUACACGAACUGAGCAAUUGUGAAAGUUGUUUGAUAAUUGACAGCAACAUAAAAUAAACUUGUUUCAUGGGUGAAAUUUUGGAUUUGCUCAUGUUAAUGGGAAAGUUAUUGAUGUAACAUUUACAGACCAACAGUAAAUAAAUCU